CCGACGAGCGUCGUCUCGUCGCACCUGCGGCUGCGUUGGUACCCGUGUCCCUCGUCUUUUGGCCCGUCACCGGCAGCUGCUCCCGAUAGCUCCCGAUCGCAUCAGCACGCAGUGAUCAAAAUAGAACAACACGUCGGGGCGAGAGUAGUGACAGAAAAAUAAGUCCAACAUGGCACCACCGGGUACCGGGAAAAACAAAUCCCAUUCGGGCGCCGGUAAACGAGGCAGCACGGCUGGCCACGGAGCAAAACCAACCAAGGUAACGUUGUGGACGCACCUGCAGAAGCAGUAUCUGAAUGUGGCAUUCGUGAAGUCGCUCAUUUUCGACCCUGCCCGGCUUCCGCUGGUGUCGUGGCUCAUACUGGCUGCCGAGCUGGUGCUGAAUGUUUUUGUGGUGCAAAAUGUGCCGUACACGGAGAUCGACUGGAAGGCCUACAUGCAGGAGUGCGAAGGAUUUUUGAAUGGGACGACUAAUUAUGCGAAGCUGCGUGGUGAUACCGGGCCGCUGGUCUACCCCGCAGGUUUCGUCUACAUCUACAGUGCUCUGUACUUCAUCACGUCCCACGGUCAUAACAUCCGACUGGCACAGUACAUCUUCGUAGGCAUCUACAUGGUACAGAUGUGGUUGGUUCUGCGGCUUUACAGCAAGACCCGGAAGCUACCUCCCUACGUGCUGGUCAUUACCACUUUUACGUCCUACCGGAUCCAUUCGAUUUACGUCCUGAGGCUGUUUAACGACCCAAUAGCGAUUCUAUUCCUAUACGUUGCGAUAAAUCUCUACAUCGACAACCGGUGGACAUUGGGCAGUAUUUUCCUCAGUUUGGGCGUCUCCGUGAAGAUGAACGUUCUGCUGUUCGCCCCGGCAAUCUUCCUGCUCUUCCUAACUAAUCUGGGCAUUGUGAAGACAAUUGGGCAAUUGGCUGUUUGUGGUAUGAUACAGUUGCUUCUUGGAGCUCCAUUCUUGAUGACACACCCGUGGCAGUACCUGAAAGGUAGUUUCGAUCUCGGCCGGAUCUUUGAACAUAAAUGGACCGUCAAUUACCGUUUCCUGGAGCGGGAGAUCUUUGAGAACAAGACGUUUCACCUGGGCCUGCUGGGUCUGCAUGUACUGUUGCUGAUUGCUUUUGCCUCACCUUGCUAUAAGUACUUCCAGAACUACUGCCGCCUGCGGCAUUUGGAAACCAUGUUCGCUCCGCAGAUUGCCGCCAAAAACCGUGAAAUGGCCUUGGAGAAAAAGAAGAAGAAGGAGAAGCCAAAACCCGCCCCCAAAAAACCAGAAGAAAAACUAACCAAAGAGCAGGAACAGUUCCUGGCAUCUUUCGAGAAGGGCAUCAAGAAGAUGGCCGGAAAGGAAUCCACUCCGGUCAACAAUACCCCAGAAUCUCCAGCCGAGGAGGAAGUUCUGCCGAGCAAGUUCUCUAUCCACUUCGACCGUGCCACCCAGCUGGCGCUUCUACCCAUCUUCCUGUCCAACUUUAUCGGAAUCGUGUGCGCUCGCAGUCUGCACUACCAGUUCUACGUCUGGUACUUCCACAGCCUGCCCUACCUGACCUGGUUCACCGAGUACAGCACCAGCCUGAAGUUCCUGCUCCUGUUGCUGCUGGAGUUCAGCUGGAACACCUACCCGAGCACAGCGGUAAGUAGCCUCAUUCUGCACACCUGCCACAUCAUCCUGCUGGUCGGAAUCGGGAAGAAAAUGUUCCGCAAGAUUCCGGAACUGUCCCAAGUGGCCAAAGCCACCGACUGAAACUGGGCCAAGGUUUAGUUCAGGAUGGUAGAGGAGAAACGAUGUGCCAAAACACUAAAAGACGACAACGGGAAGGGCAACGAAAUUGAUGCAUUUUGCGCGUGCGAUAAUGUGCCUUUAGUGCUUCAGGAUCUUAAGCUUAAAUAGAAUCGAAUGCGAACAGUUUUCGAUUAGGGUUUUCUUAUAUUUUUCUGUGUAUUUUUGUUUUGUAGAGUAGGGUUUUUAUUGACCGAUUUCUGUGUUUGAUGUGUUUAUUACAAUAGCGUAAUAGAGCUUUAAUUUAUUUGAUGUGAAAA